GGGACUAGGAGCCGGCUCUCUGGGCUGCGAUGCGACCGGGUUCGAGGCGCUGAGGAGGGGGCGGCCGUGCGUUCUGACCGCCCUCCCCCACCCGCCAUGAACUCGCUGGAGCAGGCAGAAGAUCUCAAGGCUUUUGAAAGAAGACUUACCGAAUAUAUUGCAUGUUUGCAACCAGCUACAGGACGUUGGAGAAUGAUUCUUAUAGUGGUAUCAGUCUGCACAGCAACUGGUGCUUGGAACUGGUUAAUAGAUCCUGAGACACAGAAGGUGUCCUUUUUCACAUCACUGUGGAAUCAUCCAUUCUUCACAAUUAGCUGUAUUACUCUAAUAGGCUUGUUCUUUGCUGGCAUACACAAAAGAGUGGUGGCACCAUCAAUCAUAGCAGCCCGAUGUCGAACAGUCUUGGCAGAGUAUAAUAUGUCCUGCGAUGAUACUGGAAAAUUAAUUUUGAAACCUAGGCCCCAUGUUCAAUAAUCGCGAUCUUCCUUCAACUCUGUCCACUGCCAUGGAAAUCAAAAAUGACCUUUUCUGAAGGUAGUGUGGCACAAAAAAGCCAAACAGGACUGGUUUUCAGUUGCCUAGGAGUGAGUCUUAUUUACAGUUGACAGUGAAAGUGUGCAAUAUUACCGUCUGGCAUAUUUGUCUAAAUUCUCUUUUGACUAUCCUCAUGUUAUCAGUGCUUUUGCUACCUUUGAUUACCUCUUUUUCAGUAUUAGUGUCACUUUUGUUCUUCAAGUAGAGCAAAACAUGCAGGUGAAGUAUGUUAAUUGGUUACUAAGUUAAACUUGGAAACCAAACCUCGUUUGUUUUUUAUAAUGUGUUUUUUGCAAACUACUGUAAAUAGCAAAUCAAUGCCAAUGUUAAGCAAAGAGUAAUACAUGCUGUGUGAAUUCUUGUUCUCAUGAACCAGUAUUUAAAGGGAUGCUUAUUUGCCAUUCCCAGAGCUUUUUAUUAAUUACAGUUGUCUUUUUCAUUCCUGGUUACAAUAUUUUUGGAAUCAGCAAACAAAAGAGACUUAAAAGAGAAAUCUAUGGUAUGGGGAAAAAGGUCUUAUUAUGUUUAAGAAUAUUGCAAGUAUGUUAAAGUAUCACUUGUCUAACUACAUGCAGUACUUCGGCCACUUUCACUGUGGUUAUCCUUAGUUCAGUGCUUUCAUCUAAUUCACAGUACAACCUGUUUUUAAUGAUUUUAACUUUUUAAAAACUCUUAAAUAUACUUACGUCUUUCAGAUUAUAAAAGUUCUGUACUGUAUCUGAAUUCCAUAAUCACACUGUUUUAAGAGUGGAUUUUAUGCUGUGAUAAUCUGGCCAUGAAACUAGUAUUGCAAAUAUUUAACUUUGGAUUCAAAUAAUUUGAUAACGGAAAUAUAUGAUCAGUGCCACAAACAAAUUAAUAAAACUCUCUAAAGUGUUAAGAGAAACUAAGUGUGGCUGUUAUGUAUACACAGUACAAUAGUUCUUGAAAUAUUUACAAUAAUCAUAACA